AUGGCCAGUGAUGAUCCUUUUCAGCUGCUACCCUUUGUUGCCUUUGAGGCGAUCUUGGUUCAUUUGAAGGUCACCCAAGAAUCUUUGAUUGAUACCAAGGCAUUGACCACACAUGAAUACCCUAUAUUUGUAUCUUGGUAUUCAGGCAAUGGAGCUUUGAGGGGAUGUAUCGGGACAUUCAAAUCUUGCUCACUAUCAAAAGCAAUCAGGAUUUUUUCCAUCAAAAGCGCCUUUGAGGAUUGCCGAUUUUCUGGAAUCUCCAUAGCCGAGGUGGAAACCCUAAGUUGCCAGGUUUCGGUGUUGGUCGACUUUGAGCCUGCACUGCAUGCUUUCGAUUGGGAGGAUGGCGUUCACGGACUGCAAAUAUCCUUCUCCUUUGAAAAACAAAGCUACACUUCUACUUUCCUGCCCAACGUGUCGACUCUUCAGGGAUGGAGUCCCAUGGAAACUAUCCAUCAAUUGAUUAGAAAGACCUGA